GGAGACAAAGCGUCCAUGUGAGUAAAGGAGCUUCGGCACCAGUACACAGGACCAGAAGAGAGCGGACUGGACCUCCGAAGAGCAUAAGGGCAGGACGUCGGCCCCGAACAACCUGUUGCACCACAGUGCUCUGCUCUCGGGUCACUGUUUUUACUGUGGAUGAACUCAGAGAGCCAUGGGGACGCUCAUCUCCAGGCACCUGGACGCCAAAGACAGGAAGUAUCUGUCGGGACACACAGCCCGCGUCCUGAGGGACUUCUCCUCGCACUUGCAUCUGCAGCUGAAUGCUGCCCUGCUGGAGCGCGAGCAGAGCCACAUGGGGUUGAGAGAUGCUACAGGGAGACAGACGGUCUUGCAGCAACACGACACGUGGCGCGGCGGGGAAGUGCUGCUGGAGGGAACCGUGCUUCAGUAUGCGGACGGCUCGUGGAGAGCGCGUCACCUGCAGGUCACCAAGGACUUUACAGUGGAGAGUAGCAACUCCAGUGAGGUGUUUGAGGGGGGCCGGCCGCGCGGGACACCCAUCGUCCUCUCGGGCAGCCAGAUCUGCACCUCUGUGCGGGAACAUCGCCUCCUGCUGGACACAGCUUGUCAGCACAUCACAGGCGAUAUGAAAUGA